CGUCGGCAUAUUGACAGUCUGACUGAUGGAUCUUCAUGCCUGUGAAGAAAAAAGGGCUUUAUACACGUCAAUUAGGAAAUCGAAGGAUUAUCCGUCUUUCUACUACAACCUAGUUGGGUAGACAUAUUGAUGUAGAGAUGUUGUUUCCAUAACUAUGUAAAAUACUCAACUGCAGCUCUUACCGACAUAACCGAGGGAUUAUUUAGUGCAACGUCAUCGCCUCUCUAAUUAAUUUACCCUGCGUUUACGACACAACAGUCCGAUGUUCUGUUAAAAAAACUGUGUUUGUGAUUUUCAAACCCUGGAUCCGUGAUUAAGCGUAAAACACAUCAGUCAGUAAUAGGCAUGAUAGGUGUAUAGACUUAUAGUCAUGGAUUGGAUAGCCCAAGGUAAUACCAGAUUAUGGCUGACAACAGCUGCUAUAGCAUUGGUGGUCAUGUGGUUUGUGAAGAGGAUCGUGUCUCGAACCAGGAACCUUCCACCAGGCCCUACAGGGAUACCCUUGCUUGGCGUAGCUUGGGAAAUGAUAAGGGCUAACCCCGACCCCCUCGGUCUCUACUCGUCUUGGGCUGACCAAUAUGGUGACGUGGUUUCCUUCAAGGUAGGACCAAUGACCUUCGUGCUUCUGAACUCCUACGAUGUCAUACUAGAGGCAUUCAACCAUCCCAACCUCAAUAAUCGACCAAAAAGCCGCAUGGUAGAAGAGGUCCUUGGUCUUGCCAAUAAUGGGAUUACACUUGCCAACGGGAAGGUCUGGGAGGAGCAGAGGAAGUUUACCCAUUCUGUUUUUCGCAGUCUUGGUGUUGGAAAAAAGAGCUAUGAGGAUACCGUAUCAGCUGAGAUGGACCAACUGAGGGGUGCUAUUGAGGAAAUGAAAGGAGCACCCUUCGAUCCUAACAUUCUCUUUGGACAAGCUGUAGCCAAUAUCGUCUGUUCUAUCGCAUUCGGGACUCAAUAUAAAUACACCGAUGCCGAAUUUAAACAGUUAUUGCGUCUAAUGAACAUCAACAUCGAGUUAUCAAGCGGAGGUGGGGCGCUCCUCUUCCUCCCUCUACCCGGGAUAUCGAAGAUUCCUUUUGGAGCACCCAAGAAGAUGGUCGAGAACAUGAAGCAGGUCAACAGGUUUCUCCUGGAUCAGAUUGAAAGCCACGAGAAAUCGGUGGACCUGGAUCAUCCCAAAGAUUUCAUCGAUCUUUACCUUAAGAAGAUGGCCGAGACAAAGGACUCGAAGACAUCAUUCAACAAGGUGAACCUAAACUCGGCCGUAGGAGACCUCUUCUUCGCUGGCACGGAGACCACUACCACCACACUCAAAUGGUGCAUCCUCUACAUGAUGGCGUUCCCCGAGGUACAGUCACGUGUUCAAGAUGAACUUGAUCACGUGGUUGGAAGAGAGAGGCUUCCGGGGCUAGCCGAUUUGAAAGACCUGCCUUUCACCAAUGCAGUUCUGUUGGAGGUACAGAGGAAGAGCGCCGUUGCCGCUCUCGGUGUGCCACACAUAGCCGCUGCUGACACGACCUUCAGAGGCUACACCAUACCAAAGGGCGCCACCAUUCUGUCCAACAUCUGGAAGGUACUUAACAGGAAGGAUCGGUGGCAGGAUCCGGAAAAGUUUAACCCUGACAGAUUUCUGACAGAGGAUGGCAAGCUGACUCGGAGAGAAGAAUUGAUAUUUUUCAGUACCGGUCGUCGUGUGUGCCCGGGAGAACAACUAGCCCGGAUGGAGACAUUUCUUGGUUUUACAAGUCUCCUCCAUCGAUUCACCUUUAGGAAACCUGAUAACACACAGACAUUAUCUUUCGAAGGAGUCUUAGGGAUCACCAGGAAUACCAAGCCUUAUAUGACAUGUGCACUCAGUAGGGACUGACAUGGUCGUGAUUACAAAUCAAACUAACAAAUUAUAACAUUAAGUUAAUGAUAACUAGACAUUUGAAAACUGGGUCGAUGUCGGAAGCCGUUUACAUUUCUCUAUCGAGAUCCUUUGAUGUUGUCUCGUAGAACCCUGCGAUGACGAUGAGUUCGGAAAAUCGAUGUCGGGCAAAAGUGUGCGACUUUUAUAAACUGUUGAAUUAUGAUAAAAAAAUAGUCAGAAUAUGAAUGGAUUCGGUCUACAAAAUUUCGAGAAUAGAUCAGUGACAAUGAGCUAUUCCAAAUACUGUCAUCUCAGAAUUUGAUGCCAUGCAAGUGCAGAUCUGGGGUGGUGGGGGCGGGGGCUGGUCAUUAUUUUUAGAGGGAGAAAGUUGUGGGUCAUGUGAGCCCAUUUGUAAAUCAGCGAUCUGCCCUGGUAUUUAAACAAAUGUCAAAGAUUGUAAGUGGUCUAGUGCUAAUAUUUAGGAUUUUCUCAACUUUUUAUAGAAUUUUGUUAUUGUUAUAUAAUAAUGAUAUAAAUUCCAUUCGAAAAGAUGCAUUCAGUGUGCCUAUUUUCAUACUUAUAGAAAAUGAAAAUAAAAUAGUAUUAUCUCAUUCUUUUGUUGAUUAAAACAUCAUUGGAAAUAUUGAAUGCCCAUAAUUAUCAUGAAAUUAAAUAAUUUCAGUGCUCUCCCCCGAUGUUUACAGGACGCAUCUGAACAAGGAGAAUGAUAGAUUAAUAAGAAAAAUGGGAAGGACCGGGGUGAAUGUGUGUUCACUAUUAUAGGGGAGGCCAAGGGGGCAAAAAGUGGAAGCGCCGUGGUGUAGCGGUUCUGACUCUCGCCUUGUAAUCAGGUUCAUGUGUUCGAAUCCCACCAUGGC